AUGCAUACUACUACUACUACUACUACUACUACUACUACUACUACUACUACUACUACUACUACUACUACUACUACUACUACUACUACUACUACUACUACUACUACUACUACUACUACUACUACUACUACUACUACUACUACUACUACUACUACUACUACUACUACUACUACUACUACUACUACUACUACUACUACUACUACUACUACUACUACUACUACUACUACUACUACUACUACUACUACUACUACUACUACUACUACUACUACUACUACUACUACUACUACUACUACUACUACUACUACUACUACUACUACUACUACUACUACUACUACUACUACUACUACUACUACUACUACUACUACUACUACUACUACUACUACUACUACUACUACUACUACUACUACUACUACUACUACUACUACUACUACUACUACUACUACUACUACUACUACUACUACUACUACUACUACUACUACUACUACUACUACUACUACUACUACUACUACUACUACUACUACUACUACUACUACUACUACUACUACUACUACUACUACUACUACUACUACUACUACUACUACUACUACUACUACUACUACUACUACUACUACUACUACUACUACUACUACUACUACUACUACUACUACUACUACUACUACUACUACUACUACUACUACUACUACUACUACUACUACUACUACUACUACUACUACUACUACUACUACUACUACUACUACUACUACUACUACUACUACUACUACUACUACUACUACUACUACUACUACUACUACUACUACUACUACUACUACUACUACUACUACUACUACUACUACUACUACUACUACUACUACUACUACUACUACUACUACUACUACUACUACUACUACUACUACUACUACUACUACUACUACUACUACUACUACUACUACUACUACUACUACUACUACUACUACUACUACUACUACUACUACUACUACUACUACUACUACUACUACUACUACUACUACUACUACUACUACUACUACUACUACUACUACUACUACUACUACUACUACUACUACUACUACUACUACUACUACUACUACUACUACUACUACUACUACUACUACUACUACUACUACUACUACUACUACUACUACUACUACUACUACUACUACUACUACUACUACUACUACUACUACUACUACUACUACUACUACUACUACUACUACUACUACUACUACUACUACUACUACUACUACUACUACUACUACUACUACUACUACUACUACUACUACUACUACUACUACUACUACUACUACUACUACUACUACUACUACUACUACUACUACUACUACUACUACUACUACUACUACUACUACUACUACUACUACUACUACUACUACUACUACUACUACUACUACUACUACUACUACUACUACUACUACUACUACUACUACUACUACUACUACUACUACUACUACUACUACUACUACUACUACUACUACUACUACUACUACUACUACUACUACUACUACUACUACUACUACUACUACUACUACUACUACUACUACUACUACUACUACUACUACUACUACUACUACUACUACUACUACUACUACUACUACUACUACUACUACUACUACUACUACUACUACUACUACUACUACUACUACUACUACUACUACUACUACUACUACUACUACUACUACUACUACUACUACUACUACUACUACUACUACUACUACUACUACUACUACUACUACUACUACUACUACUACUACUACUACUACUACUACUACUACUACUACUACUACUACUACUACUACUACUACUACUACUACUACUACUACUACUACUACUACUACUACUACUACUACUACUACUACUACUACUACUACUACUACUACUACUACUACUACUACUACUACUACUACUACUACUACUACUACUACUACUACUACUACUACUACUACUACUACUACUACUACUACUACUACUACUACUACUACUACUACUACUACUACUACUACUACUACUACUACUACUACUACUACUACUACUACUACUACUACUACUACUACUACUACUACUACUACUACUACUACUACUACUACUACUACUACUACUACUACUACUACUACUACUACUACUACUACUACUACUACUACUACUACUACUACUACUACUACUACUACUACUACUACUACUACUACUACUACUACUACUACUACUACUACUACUACUACUACUACUACUACUACUACUACUACUACUACUACUACUACUACUACUACUACUACUACUACUACUACUACUACUACUACUACUACUACUACUACUACUACUACUACUACUACUACUACUACUACUACUACUACUACUACUACUACUACUACUACUACUACUACUACUACUACUACUACUACUACUACUACUACUACUACUACUACUACUACUACUACUACUACUACUACUACUACUACUACUACUACUACUACUACUACUACUACUACUACUACUACUACUACUACUACUACUACUACUACUACUACUACUACUACUACUACUACUACUACUACUACUACUACUACUACUACUACUACUACUACUACUACUACUACUACUACUACUACUACUACUACUACUACUACUACUACUACUACUACUACUACUACUACUACUACUACUACUACUACUACUACUACUACUACUACUACUACUACUACUACUACUACUACUACUACUACUACUACUACUACUACUACUACUACUACUACUACUACUACUACUACUACUACUACUACUACUACUACUACUACUACUACUACUACUACUACUACUACUACUACUACUACUACUACUACUACUACUACUACUACUACUACUACUACUACUACUACUACUACUACUACUACUACUACUACUACUACUACUACUACUACUACUACUACUACUACUACUACUACUACUACUACUACUACUACUACUACUACUACUACUACUACUACUACUACUACUACUACUACUACUACUACUACUACUACUACUACUACUACUACUACUACUACUACUACUACUACUACUACUACUACUACUACUACUACUACUACUACUACUACUACUACUACUACUACUACUACUACUACUACUACUACUACUACUACUACUACUACUACUACUACUACUACUACUACUACUACUACUACUACUACUACUACUACUACUACUACUACUACUACUACUACUACUACUACUACUACUACUACUACUACUACUACUACUACUACUACUACUACUACUACUACUACUACUACUACUACUACUACUACUACUACUACUACUACUACUACUACUACUACUACUACUACUACUACUACUACUACUACUACUACUACUACUACUACUACUACUACUACUACUACUACUACUACUACUACUACUACUACUACUACUACUACUACUACUACUACUACUACUACUACUACUACUACUACUACUACUACUACUACUACUACUACUACUACUACUACUACUACUACUACUACUACUACUACUACUACUACUACUACUACUACUACUACUACUACUACUACUACUACUACUACUACUACUACUACUACUACUACUACUACUACUACUACUACUACUACUACUACUACUACUACUACUACUACUACUACUACUACUACUACUACUACUACUACUACUACUACUACUACUACUACUACUACUACUACUACUACUACUACUACUACUACUACUACUACUACUACUACUACUACUACUACUACUACUACUACUACUACUACUACUACUACUACUACUACUACUACUACUACUACUACUACUACUACUACUACUACUACUACUACUACUACUACUACUACUACUACUACUACUACUACUACUACUACUACUACUACUACUACUACUACUACUACUACUACUACUACUACUACGACUACUACUACUACUACUACUACUACUACUACUACUACUACUACUACUACUACUACUACUACUACUACUACUACUACUACUACUACUACUACUACUACUACUACUACUACUACUACUACUACUACUACUACUACUACUACUACUACUACUACUACUACUACUACUACUACUACUACUACUACUACUACUACUACUACUACUUCUACUACUACUACUACUACUACUACUACUACUACUACUACUACUACUACUACUACUACUACUACUACUACUACUACUACUACUACUACUACUACUACUACUACUACUACUACUACUACUACUACUACUACUACUACUACUACUACUACUACUACUACUACUACUACUACUACUACUACUACUACUACUACUACUACUACUACUACUACUACUACUACUACUACUACUACUACUACUACUACUACUACUACUACUACUACUACUACUACUACUACUACUACUACUACUACUACUACUACUACUACUACUACUACUACUACUACUACUACUACUACUACUACUACUACUACUACUACUACUACUACUACUACUACUACUACUACUACUACUACUACUACUACUACUACUACUACUACUACUACUACUACUACUACUACUACUACUACUACUACUACUACUACUACUACUACUACUACUACUACUACUACUACUACUACUACUACUACUACUACUACUACUACUACUACUACUACUACUACUACUACUACUACUACUACUACUACUACUACUACUACUACUACUACUACUACUACUACUACUACUACUACUACUACUACUACUACUACUACUACUACUACUACUACUACUACUACUACUACUACUACUACUACUACUACUACUACUACUACUACUACUACUACUACUACUACUACUACUACUACUACUACUACUACUACUACUACUACUACUACUACUACUACUACUACUACUACUACUACUACUACUACUACUACUACUACUACUACUACUACUACUACUACUACUACUACUACUACUACUACUACUACUACUACUACUACUACUACUACUACUACUACUACUACUACUACUACUACUACUACUACUACUACUACUACUACUACUACUACUACUACUACUACUACUACUACUACUACUACUACUACUACUACUACUACUACUACUACUACUACUACUACUACUACUACUACUACUACUACUACUACUACUACUACUACUACUACUACUACUACUACUACUACUACUACUACUACUACUACUACUACUACUACUCUACUACUACUACUACUACUACUACUACUACUACUACUACUACUACUACUACUACUACUACUACUACUACUACUACUACUACUACUACUACUACUACUACUACUACUACUACUACUACUACUACUACUACUACUACUACUACUACUACUACUACUACUACUACUACUACUACUACUACUACUACUACUACUACUACUACUACUACUACUACUACUACUACUACUACUACUACUACUACUACUACUACUACUACUACUACUACUACUACUACUACUACUACUACUACUACUACUACUACUACUACUACUACUACUACUACUACUACUACUACUACUACUACUACUACUACUACUACUACUACUACUACUACUACUACUACUACUACUACUACUACUACUACUACUACUACUACUACUACUACUACUACUACUACUACUACUACUACUACUACUACUACUACUACUACUACUACUACUACUACUACUACUACUACUACUACUACUACUACUACUACUACUACUACUACUACUACUACUACUACUACUACUACUACUACUACUACUACUACUACUACUACUACUACUACUACUACUACUACUACUACUACUACUACUACUACUACUACUACUACUACUACUACUACUACUACUACUACUACUACUACUACUACUACUACUACUACUACUACUACUACUACUACUACUACUACUACUACUACUACUACUACUACUACUACUACUACUACUACUACUACUACUACUACUACUACUACUACUACUACUACUACUACUACUACUACUACUACUACUACUACUACUACUACUACUACUACUACUACUACUACUACUACUACUACUACUACUACUACUACUACUACUACUACUACUACUACUACUACUACUACUACUACUACUACUACUACUACUACUACUACUACUACUACUACUACUACUACUACUACUACUACUACUACUACUACUACUACUACUACUACUACUACUACUACUACUACUACUACUACUACUACUACUACUACUACUACUACUACUACUACUACUACUACUACUACUACUACUACUACUACUACUACUACUACUACUACUACUACUACUACUACUACUACUACUACUACUACUACUACUACUACUACUACUACUACUACUACUACUACUACUACUACUACUACUACUACUACUACUACUACUACUACUACUACUACUACUACUACUACUACUACUACUACUACUACUACUACUACUACUACUACUACUACUACUACUACUACUACUACUACUACUACUACUACUACUACUACUACUACUACUACUACUACUACUACUACUACUACUACUACUACUACUACUACUACUACUACUACUACUACUACUACUACUACUACUACUACUACUACUACUACUACUACUACUACUACUACUACUACUACUACUACUACUACUACUACUACUACUACUACUACUACUACUACUACUACUACUACUACUACUACUACUACUACUACUACUACUACUACUACUACUACUACUACUACUACUACUACUACUACUACUACUACUACUACUACUACUACUACUACUACUACUACUACUACUACUACUACUACUACUACUACUACUACUACUACUACUACUACUACUACUACUACUACUACUACUACUACUACUACUACUACUACUACUACUACUACUACUACUACUACUACUACUACUACUACUACUACUACUACUACUACUACUACUACUACUACUACUACUACUACUACUACUACUACUACUACUACUACUACUACUACUACUACUACUACUACUACUACUACUACUACUACUACUACUACUACUACUACUACUACUACUACUACUACUACUACUACUACUACUACUACUACUACUACUACUACUACUACUACUACUACUACUACUACUACUACUACUACUACUACUACUACUACUACUACUACUACUACUACUACUACUUACUACUACUACUACUACUACUACUACUACUACUACUACUACUACUACUACUACUACUACUACUACUACUACUACUACUACUACUACUACUACUACUACUACUACUACUACUACUACUACUACUACUACUACUACUACUACUACUACUACUACUACUACUACUACUACUACUACUACUACUACUACUACUACUACUACUACUACUACUACUACUACUACUACUACUACUACUACUACUACUACUACUACUACUACUACUACUACUACUACUACUACUACUACUACUACUACUACUACUACUACUACUACUACUACUACUACUACUACUACUACUACUACUACUACUACUACUACUACUACUACUACUACUACUACUACUACUACUACUACUACUACUACUACUACUACUACUACUACUACUACUACUACUACUACUACUACUACUACUACUACUACUACUACUACUACUACUACUACUACUACUACUACUACUACUACUACUACUACUACUACUACUACUACUACUACUACUACUACUACUACUACUACUACUACUACUACUACUACUACUACUACUACUACUACUACUACUACUACUACUACUACUACUACUACUACUACUACUACUACUACUACUACUACUACUACUACUACUACUACUACUACUACUACUACUACUACUACUACUACUACUACUACUACUACUACUACUACUACUACUACUACUACUACUACUACUACUACUACUACUACUACUACUACUACUACUACUACUACUACUACUACUACUACUACUACUACUACUACUACUACUACUACUACUACUACUACUACUACUACUACUACUACUACUACUACUACUACUACUACUACUACUACUACUACUACUACUACUACUACUACUACUACUACUACUACUACUACUACUACUACUACUACUACUACUACUACUACUACUACUACUACUACUACUACUACUACUACUACUACUACUACUACUACUACUACUACUACUACUACUACUACUACUACUACUACUACUACUACUACUACUACUACUACUACUACUACUACUACUACUACUACUACUACUACUACUACUACUACUACUACUACUACUACUACUACUACUACUACUACUACUACUACUACUACUACUACUACUACUACUACUACUACUACUACUACUACUACUACUACUACUACUACUACUACUACUAGUAAUACUGUUUUUCUGGGGUUUAAAUUAUCCUAUACGAUAAUUUACAUUGUCGAUUCGAUCAGCACAUAUCAUUCUGGAACUAUUUCCAUUGUAAAUUUAUUUUAAUUGAGUAACUAUGCAUUGUAUUUUUAUUAAAUUACGGUUCAUCACAAUCACAAAGCAGAUGCCAUCUUCCGAUCUCCGUUUCUGGAGCUCAUUCAUACAUAAAGAUUCUGGGAUAACAGCAGCACUUCUUGUUUUGUAUAGUCAGUUUACAUUAUUUAUCCACUUGGUCUUAUCUGACUCGUUCCUACUAAAUAUCUGGGAAGUGUACAAAAGUAGUCAGAGUAUUUCAAUACCUCAGUUAAUAUUUAUAUUUGAUGGUGAUAAGUAAAUUGCAUUAAAUCUCAG